GUACAGCACAAAAAGAUGCAGCUAAUAAUAGUAUGUACGUAACGUUGCUAUACAAUCAAACAACACUAUAUAAACAGUCUUGCCACCUCCCACUUCUCCUCGCCGGGAAUUUCACUUCUUCUCCCUUUCUACCUUUUUCUUUUCUCACACAGACACACAGUGGGAGAAGGAGCUGAAACUCAAGGUUCCAAAAUAGCCAUAAAACUGUUAAUUAAACACACUGAUCAUAAAGAACACAAUCCCACAUUGUAUUGAUCGUCAUUCCUUCAUGGAGAUAAAAACAGUGUUCCUUCUGGGAUUAAUCUGCAUUGCAGUUGCCGGAGUUGGAGGCCAAGCCCCAUCCACCGCCCCGGUUACAACUCCAGCUCCUCCUACUCCCACCGCACCUCCGGUCACCACCGCGCCACCUACGCCUUCCACCCCCGCCACCCCACCUCCUACAUCAUCACCACCGCCGGUUGUUUCAGCUCCACCUCCCGUCGUUGCAUCUCCGCCGCCAGUUGUUACAGCUCCUCCCACACCGUCUACGCCGCCACCGGUGCCUGCCACUCCUCCUCCCGUGAGCUCUCCGCCACCAGUUACCCCUCCUCCUCCUGUAGCCAGCCCUCCAUUGGCAACUCCUCCUCCGUCACCGCCGCCACCUCCGCCGGCAUCUCCGCCUCCUCCUGCACCCACCCCGGCACCACUGGCUUCCCCCCCAGCUCAAGUUCCUGCUCCUGCUCCCGCCACGAAGCCGACGUCUCCGGCACCAUCACCUUUGUUGAGCAGCCCUCCAUCUCCGCCGACGGCAGCUCCGGCGCCGAGCCUUGGUGCCACUGCACCUGCUCCGGUAGCGGUUGACCAGAGUGGAGUACAAAGCAUAAGGUCAUUGAAGAUUGUUUAUAGCUUGGUGGUGACUGGAUGGAUUUUCCUAAGUUUCCACAAUUAGAUACAGAAAGAAUGUUAUCACAUUCCUCAUUAGUUUUUUUUUUUCUUGUACUAAAUGCCGUUUACUAUCUUUAGCCUGCGGAUGAUUUUUUUUUUUUCUUGUACUAAAUGCCGUUUACUGUUAUUUCAUUUCAUUUUUUGAGAGAGAGAAACUGCGAGACAGAGCAUUUGUCAUUUUGAUGGAUUGAUUAUUUCCUACAUAGUGUAUUAUAUCUGGAGUUAAUUAGUUGUUGAGUGUUAGCCUUGUUUGGCUCGUAUUUUACGUGUUAUUGGUUUUGCUCCUUGCAUAAAACUGAUGGAUCAAAUAAAUGCAUUACAGUGGUUGAGAUGGUACUACAAAAUUACGGGG